AUGGAUUCUCUCACGACCCAUCCUUCUACCGCGCAGCAGGCUCGGGCCUUCACUUCUCCCGCCUCCUUGUCGUUCCCCGGUGGUGCUGGCGACUUGACGCCUCCGUCUUCUGAAAAGGAAGGAAUCAUGGCAAUGAGUUCUCAGGGUGUGAACGGAAAUGUGAACGGUCAUCAGCAGGGAGCGAAUGCCGCAAAUGGCAAUGGGGUGACGCCCGCAACUCCCGCUGCCACUCCUGGUGCCAAUGCGCCGGGAAGUGGUAUCGUGCCUACCUUGCAAAACAUUGUUGCCACCGUCAAUCUUGAUUGCCGUCUGGAUCUGAAGACCAUCGCGCUUCACGCACGCAAUGCGGAGUACAAUCCAAAGCGUUUCGCAGCCGUGAUCAUGCGUAUCCGGGAACCGAAAACUACCGCUCUGAUCUUCGCCUCUGGCAAGAUGGUCGUCACUGGUGCCAAAUCGGAGGAUGACUCCAAGCUGGCAUCCAGAAAGUACGCGCGUAUCAUCCAGAAAUUGGGCUUCAACGCCAAGUUCACGGAUUUCAAGAUCCAGAACAUUGUCGGCUCCUGUGACAUCAAGUUCCCCAUCCGUUUGGAAGGUUUGGCGAGUCGCCAUCACAACUUCAGUUCUUACGAACCUGAAUUGUUCCCUGGUCUCAUCUAUCGUAUGAUGAAGCCCAAGAUCGUGCUCUUGAUCUUCGUCAGUGGCAAAAUUGUCCUGACCGGCGCCAAAGUUCGUGAAGAGAUUUACCAGGCGUUCGAACUGAUCUAUCCUGUGCUUUCUGGUACAGUGACCUUUAUGCUCCUCUUACCAAGAAAGUGUAGCUAA